AUGGUUCAGAUAAUGGUGCUCUCUUGUGGAGUAGGCCUGAAAUCUAAUCAGAAAGAGGCUUGUUAUACCUAUGACAUUCAUGCUUCUAUUAUGACAGUAGCUGUGGAUAUGUCCUGUUCCACGGGUGAGCAGCUGAACUAUAAUGAAGUAACAGAGGUGAAAGCUGAUAUCGGGUGUGUGAGACAUGACCUGGUCCCCUUGGUGCUUCAGCUGCUUUUCCUCAUUCUCUUCUCUGGGGUCCUUGUGGCAUUUCUUCUCCAAGUUCCAAAGGUUCCCUGCACCCAGGAUCAGGAGAAGAUCUACCAGGAGCUCAUGCAGCUGAAGCCUAAAGUCGACUCCCUGUGCCGUCCCUGCUCCUGGGACUGGAUGUUCUUCAGUGGAAAUUGUUACUUUUUCUCCAUAACUAAACGUAACUGGAGUGAUUCCCUCAGUGCUUGCCAAGAAGUGGGGGCCCAACUAAUCAUCAUUAAAAGUUAUGAGGAGCAGGACUUUCUACAGAAGAUGUUUAAGAUUAGAGGCAGUUUCUGGAUUGGGUUGUCAGACAUGAAACAUGAAGGCUCAUGGCAAUGGGUGGAUGGUUCACCUUUGUUGUCAAGGUAGAUCAAAAAACAAGGGCAAAAUUGGGGUGAAUGGGCU